GCGGCUCGUUUGAUCUUGUAGAAGCGCUCGCGCGACCUAAACCGAUACAGCUCUGUUUUUGACUUUGACGGUUUUGUUCUUUCUCUCUUUUUUUCCCCCCUACAGAUUACUGUCCUUGUUUGUUUUUAUCUCCGCGUCACUGAUGUUGUGAGAGCCGUAACUUAGCAGCAGCCAAAGCUUCACAUCACGGACUCCUAAGGACAGUUUUUUUGUCGUCUCGGAAAUUUUCUCUUUAACCAAAGCCUUUAUAUCCAGCUAGUCAUAUUCCACUAUACGGCUUAGAAUUAACGUUUCUGAAGCGUAAAUUUGUUAUUGUUUUUGCCUCAUAACUUUACUAGAAAUAAUAAUAUGAUAUAUAAUUUAACCGAGCCCCUCUGGAAGCGCUGCACGCUUACAAUUUAGAUUUAUUGGCUGUCUUUAAAACGUCCCCGUAUCAAAAUGCCGCCGUCCGCUCUCAUAUGGGAGAAAGUGUCUAAAAUUGAUCCGCAGACUCUUGACCAGUGUGAAAAAGACGAACUGGAUGAAGUCUUCCGCGUUUUUGUUGCGACAAAGGAAUGGGAGGUGAAGGAUAAAGCUACAGAGAACAUUACUCGAGUCCUCCGGCUGGGCCAGGCCUUGUUAAAGAUUAAAGAACGGGAAGUUAAAAUUCACGAAAGCUUUAUCGAUGAAAUUUGUUUACAACACGUCAAAACUGAGAAUGAUCUUCGAGCAAAGGUGUCCAAGCUUGAACAAGAGAGCAAGGCUCAGCAGCUCGGCACCGGGCCAGACAGCCGCUUUCUCAGGGAUGAGAUUCGGCAGCUCGAGGCUCAGCUGGAGCAACGGGAGAAGGAAUUGACCCAUUUAAAGAAAGACAUGGGCAAGGAAAAGAAAACAAAUGAAGAGUUGAUUGCACGGAUGGAGGAGGCUGAGGGCGAGGUGAAAAAGUUGAAAAGAGAGAAUGAGCAGCUCCAGCAGGAUGUGGAGUUCUACCGUGGAGAGCUGGAACAGAAGGAGCCGCUCCCAUCCAGAGACGAGAGUGCAGAGACUCAGAAGAAGCUGAGCUUGGCCAACCGCCAGCUUUACCAGUGUUUUGAAGACCUUCAGAGAGCGGAGGAUGAAAACGCACACCUGAAGACACAGAACGAGCAGCUGCAGAAAAGCCUGGAGGAGUCUGUAAAGGAGAUGGAGAAGAUGACAGAUGAGUACAACAAGAUGAAGAUCGUUGUGCAGCAGACUGACUCAAUUAUGGACCAACUCAGGAAAGAAAGAGAUCACACGAAGCUUCAAGUUAGAGAGCUGACAGACAAGAUUCAAAGCAUGACUGAAGAGAACGAACCAAUUAUGGCAGCUGUCAACGCCAAAGUGGAGGAGUGGAAGAGGGUGCUCUCUAGGAAGGAUGAUGAAAUGGCGGUGUACCAACAGAUGAUCCGUGAGCUGAGGGAAAAGCUGCGCUCAGCACAGCUGGACUUGGACAAAAGCAACAUAAUUGCUCUGCAGCAGGCUGUCCAAGAACGGGAUAAUCAGAUCAAGAUGCUGAGCAAGCAGGUGGAGCAGUACACAGGAGAAAUGGAGAAACACGCCCAGCUCAUUGAAGAGCUAAAGAUGUCCACAGAAAAAGACAAAGGUGUAUCUUCGACAUCACAUCAGAGAAGGAUAGAGGAGCUAAAGUCAAAACUGAAAGCUGCAGAGACCAGAGCAAUGGAAGCAGAGCAAGCUCUCAGACAAGCUGAAACACACGCUGAGGAAAAAGACAGAGCAUUCAUUGAAGCUUCCAAUCGCCUGAGCCAAUACGAGUCCGGAACUUAUGGCCUGGAAGCAGCUAUUGCCGAGAUCAAAGAGUGUAACAAUCAAAUUAGAGUGAGAGAUCGUGAGGCAGAGGCCAUGACCAAAGAGAUCAACCAGCUCGAGCUGAGAAUCAAUGACCUCAUGGACGAAAACGAGGAUUUCCGGGAAAAACUGGGUCUGGGGCCGAAGCAAGAAGUGGAUCUGACGGCGUUUAGGCGUGCCAGGGAUCUCAGGCAACGGCAGUACAAAGCUGAAAACCAAGUUCUUACCAAGGAGAUUGAACGACUGGAAGAAGAGCGACUGGAGCUGAAGAAACAGAUCAGGCGCAUGGUGAAAGAAAGAGGAUUUCCACAGUCAAGUGUGCAGCUUGAGGAAGAUGUCCUCUCUGGAAGAGAAGAGCAGGCGCUUCAUAAACCACGCAGCAUCAUUACCGAUGACAAGAUUAGGCAAAAGAAUGAAUACCUAGAAAAAGAACUGAACAGCAAGAAGAGAGAGCUGGAGCUUCACAAGACCGAGUUUCAAGCUCAAUUGGAAGACCUUUCAAAAGCAAAGAGGGAUUUAGAGGUCAUGCUCAAAGAUGUUCUUCAAGCUAUGAGGGUUAAUCAAGAGGCUGGAGCAAAUGCUGUCGCAAUCAGCAGUCUGAAGAACCUGCCUAGUGGUUUAGAUGUGGGCAGCCUUGGUGGGCUGCCUGAUGCUGACCUCAAGUCCCAGAUCCAUCAACUGGUGGGGCGGAACGAAGAGCUGAGGCAGGAGCUAAAAUCCGCUCGUGAAGAAGCGAGCAGCAGCUUCACUCAGCUUGUUAGAGCAAAGGAAAAGAUAAGUCAGCUCCAAAAUGAGCUGGAGCUGCUCAGGACGUCAGACGGUGGUGGAGUCCUCCCUCGACCUCUGACCCUCCCUGAGGGCCUGGGGCCCAGCAGCGCAGAGAUCAUUAGCUCCUUGAAUGAGUAUGCUAUUCGACUGCUUCAGGAGCUGAAAAACAGGGAGGAAAAAAGCAAGAAACUUGCAGAAACUCUGAAAGAAUACAAAGAGAAGUUUGCCGUCAUAAGCCAUCAACAGGGACUCCUCUAUAAGGAAUAUAUAAGUGAGAAGGCAGAGUGGCAGAAAGAGAAACAGACAUUCACAGACAUGAAGAAUAAGCUGGAGGAGCAAAAGCAAGUGGAUGAUGUGAAAAUUCAACAGUUUAACGAUCUGUUAGAAACACUUCACAAAGAUCCAGAAGAAAUCAAGAGACAGCUGAGCGAGGCGUCCCGUAAGCUGACUGUCCUGAAAGUUAAUGAGAAGAAACUGACCCGGCGAUACUCUACUCUGUUGGAGCAGGAACAGCUGCUUCGCAAGGAGAACAGCAAGAUGAGGGAUGAGAGCGGCCAGAUGCAGGCCGCUGUCAUCCAAAGGAUGGGUUAUCUGCAGAGAUACAAGGAAAUGGCGGCCUAUAAGAUAGGUGCCCUCCAAAAGGCCUUGGAUGACAGUGUGCCAGCAUCAGAACUGGAGAGGGCCAAUAAGCAAUACACAGAGCUGACAGUCAAAUACAGAGACGUGCUCCAGAAGGACAGCCUCCUGAUACAGAGAGCCACCAAAAUGGAGCAUUUAGAGAGCGAAAAUGAGUCUCUUCGAGAGCAAAUCUCUGCCAUUAACAAAGAACUGGAGAUCACAAAGGAAAAACUCAAUACCAUGGAACAAGCAUGGGAUAACGUAGGUUCAGUCGGCACUGAAACUGGCAUGGCCAAGGCAGACAAGGCAUCAAUCAACAAUGAGGUGAUAUCGUCUGCAAGACGAAUCACGGCUUUGGAGAUGAAGGAGCUGAACGAGAGGCAGAGGGCCGAGCAUGCACACAAAAUGUAUGAACACAUGAGGAACUCCCUCAGACAAGUGGAGGAGCGUAACUCAGAGCUGGAGUCCAAGUUUGCUGAGUUGACCAAGAUGAAUGCGGAGGCCCAGCGGAUUGAGCGGGAGCUAAGAGACGAGCUGGCGGGAAGCACCAGCAGAGCCAUUAGUGAUGCUGACAGAGCCAGGAUUGCAGAGCUGGAGAAGGCAGAGGCCGAGCUUUGCGUGGAGGUCUCCAAGCUACAGGAGGUCUCUGAUGUGGCCUUGUCUCAGGUGUCUGCUCUCCAGGCCAAACAGAAAUCUAAAGAUAAAGAAGUGGAAGCUUUAAGGAGACAAAUAAUGGACUACCAGUCACAGUCAGAUGAGAAAGCCCUGAUAGCGAAGCUUCACCAGCACAUCGUGGCCCUGCAGCUCAGUGAGGCUGCCGCUCUUGGAAAACUGGAGGCCGCCACCUCUCGCAUUCAGCAGCUAGAGGCCUACAAGCUCCGCGCUGAGCAGCGGUUGGAUGCCAGCGAGCGAGCGCUGUUCCUCGCCCGCCAGGAGGGCCGUAAUCGGGCCACGCACCUUCGCCGCACCAUCCAGUCCCUACGCAGGCAGUUUGCCGGGGCGCUGCCCCUCCAGCAGCAGGAGAAGUUCUCUUUGACGAUGCUGAAACUCCAGGAGGACAGAGCUGAAGCGCAGAAGGCGAGAAGAGGAGCAGAGGAGGAGAGGCGGAGAGCUGAAGGAAGAGCUCAGGAGCUGGAAGUGAGGCUGCGAGGUCUGGAGGAGCUUAUCUCAACCCUGAAGGAUGUGAAGGGUGCCCAGAAGGUAACUGAGUGGCAUAAGAAGAUGGAGGAGGCCCGUCUCCAGGAGCUGAGGAAGAGUAGGGAGCUGGUGGUCCAGAAGGAGGAAAUCGCCUUCCUCAAGAAACUCGUGGAGGAACAGGACCGUGCUAUUUGCUCGCUGGAGGAGGACAUUGUUCAGCUGAACUCGCUUCAAGAAGAACGCCAACUCGCAUGGGACCAGCGGGAGGUGGAACUGGAGCGCCAGCUGGACCACUAUGAGAAGCAGCAGAAAGAGAUUCUCAACAGCGCUGAAAAGUUCAAUGAAGGUGCAGAAUCGCUCCCAGACCCAACGCUGCCUCUUGCUCAUCAGUUGGAGAUCGCCCUGGGUAAAAACAGAGAGCAUGUACGCACGAUAUUGGACCUUCAGGGAACAUGCAAAAGUUUGGAAAAGAAGCUAAAAGAGAAUGAGGGAUCUUUAUUAAAAGCUGAGCAGAACAUCAUGUCAAGAGACAGAGUGAUCAAUGAGCUGCGUCUUCGGCUUCCAGCGGCCGCCGACAGAGAGCGUCUGCUCGCCGACCUUAAAAAGAACGAAGAGGAGCAGCCGGGCAGCCAGCCUGCCCUCAAGCUGGCUCACCAGACUAUUAAAGAUCUCCAAAGUCGACUUGUCAAGAAGGAAGAUAUGCUGAAGAAAUACCAGAACCAACUGACUCAGGCCAGACAGGAUCAAGAGGAGAUGAUAAAAAGACAUCAGGAAGAGUUGAGACUAUUACACAAGAAACUGGACUUGAACACAGAUAACUCUCUGGAUCAGUUCAAACAGACGGCCAUGGAAUUAAUGAAGAAGCCCACAAUCAGAGUCCCAACAUCUAAACACCUGGAGCAGCUUGCUGAGUUAGAACAGACUGUGGCGGAGCAGGAUGCAUCGCUCAGCUCUGUCACUGAGAAGUUAAGGCUGACCAAAGAGGAGCUGGAGCGGCAAAGGAUCACAAUGGAAACACAGGCUAAGAAACAUACUCAAGAUAUAGCAAGGCUGGAGGAAAAAUAUGUUGCUCAGCUAAAGACUCUGACCAGUGAGACAGAGGAUAAGAGCAGUCAGCUGGCCCAGAUGGAGAAGGAGAUGAAUUACCUUCGUACAGAGCUGGAGGCUCAGAAGGAGGCCAAUAUCCGUUCCCCGACCAACACUAUGAAAAACCUGGUGGAGCGACUCAAAGCACAACUUACUCAGAAGGAGAAACAGCUCAAGGGUCUCAGUAAAGCUCUACUGGAGCUGCGGGCGGAGAUGACGUCUGCCGCAGAGCAGCAAGUCAUUGCCAGUGCUGCACAGAGAGAGGAGAGCCUUAAUGUACAGAUGCUGGUUGACAAACACACCAAAGAUCUGAAGGCACGGCUACAGGAAGUGUCUGAAGAACUUCAAGCUGCAAAGGAGUCUGCCAGAGCAGCCAGGAGCAGAGAGAAUACUCUGAAAGAGGAGGUUGAAGGCCUGAACCAAGAUUUCCAAAAGUAUCAAAGAACUCUGAGACGUCUCCAGGCUGAAAAGGAGGAACGAGAGCAAGAAGUUGAAGAGCUCAAGCAGCAAGUGAAGAGGCUCACAAGCACCAUGCAGAAUCAAUCUGAAGCUGGUAAAGGACCCAUGAUAGAGAAUCUGCAGAAGAAGAUCAAAAGGCUGGAGUCUGACCUGGAGAAAAGAAACCAAGUGGCAACCAACAAAGAUGAUCAGGGGAAGACUAAAGAGGAAAUUGUGAGGUGGGAGGAGAGCAAAAAAUGGCAGGCUAAGAUGGAAAAGGUGAAGAUUUCCUUGAAAGAGAAGGAACGAGAUAAUGAAUCCUUGUCGAAGCAGCUCAGCACUCUUAAAGAUCUUUAUGCCAGACUUGACCAGGAGAAGGCUGCUUUGCAGAAAAAACUGAAAGCUCGAGGUGUGACUGCUGACCUGGUGGUGGGGGUGCGAGCCAAUGAGAUGGACAGAGAGAUAGAGGAGUUAAAGAAGAAGAAUGCAGAGCUGGAGACGCAAAUUGUUACCAUAAAGCAACAUCAGGCCUUACCUCGUGACGAUGCCAUGGAGAAUCUGAUGUCCAGGAACCAACUUUUGGAAGAGAGGCUCCACUCCUUAGAGGGACAGAUGUCCAAGGAAUCCCCAUCAAGGCCUUCUACUUCAGGACGAGGUACCGGAACUCCAUCGCAGAGAGACCAGGACCUUUCAAAAGAAAACCUUAAGUUGGCGUCAGAGAACUUGGAGCUGCGCCUUCAGCUGGAACAGGCCAGCAAAGACCUUCCAAGGCUGAAGAAUCAGGUUGCAGACCUAAAGGAGAUGUGCACGGCACUGAAACAGGAAAAGGCAGAGGUAGAUAAAAAACUGGCACAUAUACGAGGGACUGGUUAUAGUGGGAAAACAGUCCCUGAGCUGGAGAAGACCAUUGGGCUGAUGAAAAAGGUGGUGGAGAGAGUCCAGAGAGAAAACGAGGCACUGAAGAAAUCUAGCAUUCAUCCAAAUCAGAGCAGAGUCGCAGCCCUGGAGAAGGAAAAUGAAAAACUGAAGGCUGACUACGAGAAGCUGAAGCAUCAAAGUGAAGCUGAGCUUGGUGCAAAACUGGAAGCUAAAACCAAAGGACUGGAGAAGAUAGCGAUGGAAAACGAGCGUCUUCGCAAGGAGAUUAAGAGGGAAAUGGAGGCAGCAGAGAGGCUGAGGGUGACCAAGACGAGUCUGGAGCUAACCAAUGAAAAGCUGGAAUCAGAGCUGGAAGAAACCAAACAAAGACUGCAUACAGCUUUGUCCAAAGCUGUAGCUGUGGGAUCUGACACCAAAGCUACAAAGGCCACCGUUAUAACCAGGAUGUUCGAGAACAAGAUGAAGGAGUUGGAGAAGGAGCUCUCCCAGAAGACCUCCAGCGUGUCUGAACUCAAACGGCAGCUCAAAGAGGCGAAGGAACGUGAGGAAAGGGCUCAGACGCGGGUGCUACACCUGGAAGAUCAGGUCGACAUGUUACAGAAGUUUCCCGCAGCUGACGUGGGGCCCUCUAAGGAGCUCCAAGCUGUCCGACUGGGAAAUGCCAAGCUAAAACAGAAGCUGAAUGAAGAUCCUGCACAGGACAGUGAAGCUUGUCCAGAACCCGGUUCUGGGAACCUGAAAAGGCUACUUCAAGCAGCUGAAAGCGAGAAAUCUCAACUUCAAGCCGAGCUGAGAAGGCUACGGAAAGAGCUCAAGAACUUCGACCCAAACUUUUUUGAGGAGCUGGAGGACUUGAAGUACAACUACAACUUAGAGCUGAAAAAGAAUGUUCUGCUGGAGGAGCAGCUGAGGAAGGUGUGCGAUCGGUUUGGGGUGGAGGCUGAAAUGCCCAGCGUUUCCAUCAGUUAACUCAGGGUCUUUGUGCCUUUUUGUUAUGUUUAUGUGAUGCAAUCAGGCAGGUAUGAACUAAUACAAUUCUGGUCUGUAUUUCUAGAUUACUAAGUAUAUAUUAUUAGCAAAACAGCACUUUUUCUAUUUUUACAGUUUUUUUCAAACCUGGUUCAUUUUUAUAAAGCUGUAGUUUUGUUGACCUUGAUUU